UGUUUAGGUUCUCUUUGCGGCUGUUCAAGAUGAACCGAUUCUUCGGGAAAGCGAAACCCAAGGCUCCGCCGCCCAGCUUGACCGACUGCAUUGGCACGGUGGACAGCAGGGCAGAAUCCAUUGACAAGAAGAUUUCUCGCCUGGAUGCUGAGCUAGUGAAGUAUAAGGAUCAGAUCAAAAAGAUGAGAGAGGGUCCUGCAAAGAAUAUGGUCAAGCAGAAAGCCUUGCGGGUUUUAAAGCAAAAGCGGAUGUAUGAGCAGCAGCGGGACAAUCUCGCCCAGCAGUCAUUUAACAUGGAACAAGCCAAUUACACCAUCCAGUCAUUGAAGGACACCAAGACCACGGUCGACGCUAUGAAACUGGGAGUAAAGGAGAUGAAGAAAGCAUAUAAGCAAGUGAAAAUCGACCAGAUUGAGGAUCUACAGGACCAGCUAGAAGAUAUGAUGGAAGAUGCAAAUGAAAUCCAAGAAGCACUGAGUCGUAGUUAUGGCACGCCAGAAUUAGACGAAGAUGACCUAGAAGCGGAAUUGGAUGCACUAGGUGAUGAACUUCUGGCUGAUGAAGACAGUUCUUAUUUGGAUGAAGCAGCAGCUGCACCUGCAAUUCCAGAAGGUGUUCCCACCGACACAAAGAAUAAGGAUGGAGUCCUGGUGGAUGAAUUUGGAUUGCCACAGAUCCCUGCUUCGUAGACAUGCACCAUUCAAGUAUAUCAUGUAAAAUAAAUACAUAUUCUGGGAUAUUUAUCUUUCCAAAUUUGCCAUAACAGUUUCAGAUUCCUUUAUUCUCUUUGGAGGAAAAGUUAAUUACAUUGCUUUUGUUUUUUUUCUGUUAAGAGACUCAUUGCUUGGAGAAGGCUUUCUUCAUACUAAAUUUGUAUUCCUUUUCUCUUACAAAAGACUAACUUACUUAAAAUUAUCAUUGAGGAUGUAUGUAUGACUCCAUUACUUAGUAGUACUUGUGGAAUAAAACCAAGAGAAUGUGGAUGUUUAAGCUCCAUGACAGCAUAUCUCCACAGUCUCGGAUUGACCUGAUAAACUGAUAAAACAAAAUUGAAAUUAGUGAGACUGUCCAUAUUAUGAUUCAAAACCAUUUUCUUUCGUGGUAUUAUAGGUUGGUUAAAGUGAUGGCCUUUUUUGGUGACUUUGUUGUAUCUUGUGAGUAAAUCAUUACUGUGUCGGAUAUUGGAAUGGAAUUAUCACUACUGUAUCAUGAGUGGAUAUUUUGAUUCUAUGGUUGCUUCAGUAUUACAGCUGACUUGUAAUCAAUAAUGAAUAUUUCUUGAUAUUUAAUGUAUAGGACAUUUAUUUAUACUCAAUAAAUAUUUUUCAAAA